GGCAGCAGAGCCAAAAUUAACACAAUCGCGGAAGUUGGUGAUAGUCAUGAUCGUCAUCAGCUGUGGGGAAACUUUUUAGUCCCAUGUUAUGCUAACGUGCUAAAAAGAGUAUUUAAGAAUAUGUUUACAAAGUGGGGAGUCCGGCUUGGAAUAGAACACGAACAAGUUGAGCAACAGCAGGUCGCUGUUGAACACAAGAGCCAGGGAGGAAACAACGAGACGACUGUUGCUGGAAGGGCAGAAACCAGUAGUGCUACUAAAAAAGAUGCCGAAUCCACUCCACUAUCUAAAAAAGCCAAGGGCCUCAGCGGCUAUGUUUAUAAUUUCGCAUGCAGUGCCACGAAGAAACUGUCCGAGUCUUUCGUUGAAACAGCACAAACAUUGAAGAAAAGUGUGGAGGAGGGAGAGAUACAUGAAAUAAUUGACAAGACUAUUUUGGGUGAUUUUCAAAAAGAACAAGAAAGGUUUAUUCAGGAGAAAAAAGCAAGAAAGUCUACUGAUGCUGUGCCACCAUGGGUUGGUUACAAUGAUGAGGACACUGUGCAGCAACAGAUUUUAUUUCUGUCAGCUGACAAAAGAAAUUUUUUGCGAGACCCUCCCGCUGGAGUGCAGUUUAACUUUGACUUUGAGCAAAUGUAUCCAGUCGCCAUGGUGAUGUUGGAGGAAGACGAGCUUCUCAGGAAGAUGCGCUUCCAUCUGGUCCCCAAACAGGUGAAAGAAGAAGUCUUUUGGAAAAAUUAUUUCUACCGUGUUUCCUUGAUAAAACAGUCGGCUCAGCUCACAGCUCUAGCAGCACAACAGGCUGCGGAGAGAAAUGACGUGGACAAAAGUCAUGAACAUCCUCAUCAAAAGGAUGUAAGUGAACAAAGGAUUCCUCCUUCCACCAGAAAUUCCAAACCAAAGCCAAGUGAGGAUGAGAUCUCCACCAGCCCGCCUGUUUCCGAAUUUGUAAGUGAUACUUUUGACUCAUGCAAGAUAAAUGAGGACGACCUACGCAGAGAAAUGGAACAGCUGGUUCUGGACAAACAGGAACAUCCAAGCACACAACAAGAGGAGACCGCAGACUGGGAGAGGGAGCUGCAGGAGGAACUUCAGGGGUACGACACACUGCCUAAUAGUGAGAACCAUGAUGAAAACUGGGACAGGGAGAUUGAAGAAAUGUUAAAGGAGGACAGUUAGCUCUACUGUUCUGUAAGACAUCUGUAAAGUCACAAAAAGCAGGUGACUACAGAUUCUGUCCUCAUAGUGUUUGUUCUAUAACAGAGUGUCACCUCUAAAAACAAAGUGAAUGUUAAGUUUGAUUCCUGAGCUGUUUCACAACAUAAACUCAGACACUAGGAUUUCAAGUCAGCUUCUGCUGAACUGUCAAUUACAGGGUUGUGCUGAACAGCAGCAUGAGAGAAAAACAUGUUUUACUGCUUAGGAAUGGAAAUGUUUGUGCUGCUGCCUUUGUACAACAAUCACAGUUUUUUAAACAUUACAGUUUAGAAACUUUGUUACUGUCUGAUCAACGCUAGUCAGAUACAAUAACCUAUUUUAAAAAUGUGAUGUAAUGUUUUGUUAAUAUAAAUGUGUUGAAUCUCACUCACCUAAACCAAACCCAAUCAAAUAAUAUAUUCUUCCAGUUGAGGUGAACCAAAAAAAGGUUUGUUACUAUUUAAACCAAGACUAUCCUGUGCCUGAGCCAGCUUAUUUUAUAUAAGUCUAACUGACACUUUGUAGUACUGUGUCUUUUCUGUUUCAGUCCUUACAGUGUAUGAACUGUGUAACCAUUGAUAUAUUUGUACGACCAGACAAAUGAAACCACGUCUGUAUGGCAGUAUGGACUACUCUUUAUUGCUGAUCUUGACAAGAAGUCACAACCCUUCACUUUUAUUCUUGACACGUUUCGGACGCAAACUACACGAUAUGUGAUCUAUAAGUAAACACACUCCAUCAAUGUAAUACACGGGUUGCCCUGCACCCAUGUGGUAAAUACUGUCUCUCCUCAGUUACAUUUGAGUUACAGUUUUUCACAUUAUCAAAAUGAAAAAGGAGUUUGGAGUUCUACAAAAGUGAUCAGGAAGCUUGACCAAUUCUUCGGCUCAUGAAACGACAGGUAAUAUACAGAAAAUGCAAAAUGAUAAUGUGAAUAGUUCAGGAAAAAAUACCAGAUUUUAAAAAGGUCUAAUGUCAGAAUGUUUGUGAUGUCCCGUGUACAAGGCAUUAAAGGUGAGGCUGUGGCUGAUACUACUGUUUUAGUGCAUUGACAGUUGUUGUUCUGCUAUGGAAUCUGACGCUAUUGCUGUUAGACAUAGACACAGUGGCUGAGACACUCUUGUUCCUGGUAAAUAAAUAGUUUCCAUGCUGUGAAGUA